AUGUCGGCUGCUGUCCAACUCCUCAACCCAAAGGCAGAGUCUUUGCGCAGAAACCAGGCUCUGGCUGUCAACAUUUCGGCUGCUCAGGGUCUCCAGAGUGUUCUUUCUAGUAACCUUGGUCCCAAAGGUACCAUUAAAAUGCUUGUCGAUGGUGCCGGCAACAUCAAGCUCACAAAGGACGGUAAGGUCCUGUUAACAGAAAUGCAAAUCCAAAACCCUACGGCUGUCAUGAUUGCACGAACAGCUUCUGCCCAGGAUGACAUUACUGGAGAUGGUACGACCUCAGUGUGCCUUUAUGUUGGCGAGUUUUUGAAACAGGCCGAACGCUUUAUUUCUGAGGGUCUUCACCCGCGCGUUGUUACUGAUGGUUUUGACAUUGCGCGUUCCGAGACACUGAAAUUCCUUAACGACUUCAAGCAGGACGUCACCAUUGAUCGUGAGCUGCUUCUUGCAGUUGCCCGCAGCUCUCUCACAACCAAGGUGAACCCGAAACUUGCCCAGAUCUUGACUCCCAUUGUUACAGAUGCUGUUUUGUCGAUUCAGAAUACAGAUAGCGAGCGUGUUGAUUUGCACAUGGUGGAAAUUGUGGCCAUGCAGCACCGUUCCAGUACAGAAACCCAACUUAUCAAGGGUCUUGUGCUUGACCAUGGUGCCCGUCACCCCGAUAUGCCUAAGCGGGUUGAGAAUGCAUACAUUUUGACAUUGAAUGUGUCGCUCGAGUAUGAAAAGAGCGAGGUCAACUCUGGCUUUUACUACAGCACUGCCGAGCAGCGCGAGAAGCUGGUGGAGAGCGAGCGCCGGUUUGUCGAUGAUAAGCUGCGCAAGAUUGUGGAGCUUAAGCGUGAGGUUUGUGGCAAUGACCCGUCCAAGGGCUUUGUCAUUGUUAACCAAAAGGGCAUUGAUCCCAUGUCUUUGGACGUUUUAGCCAAGAAUGGUAUUUUCGCACUUCGUCGUGCUAAGCGUCGCAACAUGGAGCGUCUGCAGCUUGUGUGCGGUGGCACUGCGCAAAACAGUGUUGACGAUUUGUCUCCUGAUGUGCUUGGAUGGGCUGGGCUUGUGUAUGAGUACACUUUAGGUGAAGACAAGUACACAUUUAUUGAGGAGGUUAAGGACCCCAAGAGUGUGACAAUUCUCAUCAAGGGACCCAAUCAGCACUCAAUUACGCAAGUUAAGGAUGCUGUGCGCGAUGGUUUACGCAGUGUGGCAAAUACCAUUAUGGAUAAAAGUGUUGUCCCUGGUGCGGGUGCAUUCCAGGUGGCAGCACAUGCUCAUCUGACGGGUGCAUUCCUCAAGACUAAGGAGGCCAAAGGUAAGGCCCGAUUUGGUGUAGAGGCCUUUGCCAAUGCAUUGCUGAUUAUCCCCAAGACCCUUGCUGCCAAUGCUGGUUUUGAUACGCUGGAGACACUGGGAGCGCUGCAGGAAGAGCAGGCUGAGGGUAACAUUGUGGGUGUUGAUUUGAGCACAGGUGAACCUAUUGAUCCUACGGUUGAGGGUAUUUAUGAUAAUUUCCGUGUUUUACGCAAUAGUGUGUCAUCUGCCACUUCAAUUGCCACCAAUCUGUUACUGUGUGAUGAGCUUUUGAAGGCUGGUCGGUCAUCUCUUAAGGAUAAUCAACAGGCUCAGCAGUAA